AUUAAUUCAAAGUUCUGCAACAACAGCGAUCAGUGCUCCGAAAUAUCAAUACUCAAGUAGACAAAUUUAUUGCUUGUUUUCAUCGCAAGCCUUGUGUUAAUUUACAAGAUCAUAAAUUCAAAAGACUGCAGCUGUAAUAGGUUGGCCGUUGACAGACCUAGCUAAACAUAUGUGGUAUGUACAUACUAUGAAGUGCAGAGUUAAAUAAUUAAAUUUUGGAGCUGGAAUGAAAAAAAAUGCAGUCUGAAGCUCAGCAUCCAGCUCUGACGCUGUGUCCAGCUCCACAGACAAGUUGGACCGAUGAUUUACCAGUGUGCAAGCAGUCGGGUGUUGGUUUUUCAACAAAUCAAAUUUACAGAGAAGAUGGACAUCGUCAGGAGGAGCAUUCGUUUGAGGACAGAAGCUUUCACUGUCAAUUUGAUGCGUCUACGUCUUUGUAUGCUAUCUUUGACGGAUAUGAAGGCAUUAAGGUGGCUGAUUUUGCUAUGCAGCGUUUGGCUGCUGAAAUACUUUUAGGUCAGCUAAACGGCCUAACUACUGAUGAAGAAAUUAAAGAAGUCCUAAGGCAAGCUUUUAUAGCUGUUGAACGUAGCUACAUGGAUACAAUAGAGGAAUUAAUAGCAGAAAAAACAAGUUUACAAUGUGAUAUUCCUACUGGCAUGAAUUCAUACAAAGCUUUCAAAAGUUUUCCUGAAAUUGUGAAUAAAUUAAAUAGAAUAAAUUGUGAACUAUCAUCUGGUGCCAGUGCCAUUGUGGCCUUGGUUUUUAAUGGUAAACUUUACGUUGCCAAUGUUGGGGAUUGUAGAGCUUUGUUGUGUAAAGCAGAUGAAAAUCAAAGUUUGAGGAUUGCCCAGUUAAGCAUUGAUCAUACAUUAAAAAAUGAAGACGAAUUGUUGAGACUAUCGCAGCUAGGAUUAGAUGUUAAAUCAAUCAGUCAAGGCUCCCACCUUGGUAAUCAAAAAAUUACUCGUUGUCUCGGUAAUUAUCUAGUUAAAGGUGAAUAUAAGGAAUUUGAAGAAUUAGCUCCUGCUGCUUUAGAGCCAAUUAUAGCCGAACCAGAAGUCCAUGGAGGCAUAGAGAUUGACGAAUCGUGUGAAUUUCUUCUGCUAAUGUCCCGUGGAUUGUACAAAUCAUUGGAGGAAGCCACCGGUACUGAUCAAGUCAAUAAAGAACUAACUUUGAUGGCAGUUGAACAGUUCGAAAUACAGUCAACGCUAACUGGAGUAGCUCAAGCAGUUGUCGAUAAAAUUGUACGUAUUCACCACGACGCCAACUUGAAUGCAGGUGCCAGUGCAUUUGCAAAAGGUAAGCGCGACGACAUAACGCUCCUCGUGCGUAAUUUUAAUUUUACCAUGCCAAACGCCAUAAAAAGUCCAACGGGGCCACCGCGUGAAAUAUACGAUCCGUACAAGCACACGGUGAUUCACAUGAGCGAUGACGAUGAGGAGAGUGAAGAAGACAAUAAUUAUGCCUCAGCUUGGGGACAAAGCACGUCAUCAGAUAAUGCGACAAUGACAGCAAGCGGUGAAACGCCAGAAACAGAAUCUGACGAGAGAAUUGAUGCCUAUGUAGAUUUUUCUGAAUUUUACGAAAAUCUGGAAAAAAGAAAAAAGGCAGGCACUUUGCCAGAUUUGCCUCUUGGUAUGACCUGGUUUUAGUGAAAUUUCUGUUACUACCUAUUGAGCAGCAAAAAUGUGAUAUCAUACUGCAAUUUUCAAGUUUACCUGUAUUACUGAAAUUUAUUUUGCUCGUAUGUUUUACAAAUGAUAU